AUGAAGACAGCCCUGCUGUUCCUUGUUGCCCUGGCUGUGGCUUCUGGGCCAGCCCAGGCUCUCCGGUGUCACGUAUGCACAAGCUCCACCAACUGUGAGAAACCUCAGAUCUGCUCAGCCAACUCAAACUUCUGCAGGACCGUGACCAGGGUGGAGCCCCUGUCUGGGAACCUGGUGGACAAGGACUGCGCGGAGUCGUGCACGCCCACGCACAGCCUGCAAGGCCAAGUCAGCAGGGGGUCGUCGACCACCCUGUGCUGCCAGGGCGACCUGUGCAACGAGAGUCUGCAGAGUGCCGCGCCCGCCCGCGCCCUGCUCACCAGCGACCCCCUCGGCCUGGCGCUGGCCCUGGGCCUCCUCGGCCUCACCUGGGCCGCCAGCCUGUGA